UGGAGAUGGGAAUUUGCGUAUCGUUGGUUGAAAGAAGAGCAGAAUACAUGCGUGUGGGCUCCACUUUGUAGAGAGGAUGAUUAAAAAAGGAAGUGCUUCUGCCAGAUUCUGCAGCCCAGAUACGACGCCCGUGCAUGCAGGGCAGCGGGCCAUGCCAUCCCGGAUGGUCCGUCGCCGCUCAGCUCCAUGGUCGAGUUCGCCGUCGACGCCAUGUUCGCAGGAAUCGAGGAGAUGGGGAGAGCCGCGGCGGCCGGCGUGCAUCCCCAACACUAUUUGAAGGAGGGGGCCGACGUCUAUCCCCAACUUUAUUGGAAGGAGGCGGCCGGCGUCCAUGCCGCCUCGCCCGCACGCCCAUGCUGCCUCCACCUGUCAUGCCGCCGCCGUCCGCGCUUAGCAGCACGGCGACGCCUGCGCAUGCCGCUCCUGCCCGCACGCACGUGCAUGUCGCCGUCGGCGUCCGCUCUAGCAUCUGCUGGCUCCGUGGGCGAGGUCAAGGUGCUGUUGUGCCACAUCGCGGAGCCCGACGGGCCGAGCUGGCAGGAGGCGAGGUCGAGGUGCUGGCUCCAUGGGCGAGGUCAAGGUGCUGCAGUGCCGGCCUGGCUGAUCCUGGCCGCGCGCCGGCCGGACGCGUCCGAGAUGACCCGGCACACCAGCAUGGCCCUGCGGCCAGCGUCGGGCGACGACGACGACGCGGCGGCCCUGGCGUGCGCGGCGCCGCUGCAGGCGAAGGUGCGCACCGCGGAGCCCGACGAGCCGAGCUGGCAUGUGGCGACGCCGACACCGAAGACGUCGCAUGCGCCAGCGGCCGGGCGUAGUCACUGGAAGCGCAUCAUCUCGUUGCCGUCGGCGCCGCACCGCGCCGCGGCGUCGUGCGCACGGGCGGCCGCAGUUGGCGUUCUCGAACCGCCGAGGGAGCACUUGACGGCGCCGCCGCAGUCGCCCGUGGCGCAGGCGAGGGUCGACGCGCCGGAGGCAACGCAGCCCGUGCGCGCCGAGAAGCGGCCGGACCAGCCCGUCGUGCCUGGGAAAGAUACGGUGGCGCAGGCGGACAGCUCGAAGAUUGUGUGCUGCAGGCUGCAGGCUGCAGCCUGCCACUUUGAGACAAACCAGGAAGAGAGAGAGGAUGAUUUCGAUGAGGGAGAAACUCUGUUCCCAUGUGAUUGUGGAUCUCAUGUCUGGUGUGCAGAGCGGCUUUAAUUCUUGGUCCAACCGUACUGUAUUUGCAUGUAUAUACCUCUUGUUUAGAAAAUGGCAUUUGUGUUGUGGUGACCCUACUUCAAAACG